CUCGCGCCACCAGCUCGAUCUCUUCACGAUCGAAUCCACGCGCUGAGCGGUCGCAAGUGGCAGGCAACGAGCGCGAGUCGAUCUCCGAUCGACUGCAACUCGCAGCUUUCUUUGCAAACUUUCAAAAAUUUUCCCGCCGAAUAAUCGUGCUGCUACGAACGAUUCGACGUGCUGCUCGUUCCAUCGAUGCUGGUUUGCGGUCGAGGAACUUGGAAGAAAGUGGCCACUUUCUAGGGUCCUCGAAGCCGAAAGCUUCGUUUGGAGAAGAGUUUAAUGGGAAUACUUGAAAGAAUUCGACGACUCGAUUCGCGCGAAUUCUUAUCGAAAGUGUAUUCGUUUUGGUAUAAAAAAGAUACGCGGAGAAAUAAACGUGCGCCUAACUACGCUGAGGGGAUGAAUAAAAAAGUGUGUUAAUCCGCGUCGAGUGAGCGGAAAGGCGAGACUCUCUCGACACGUGCUGUUUGUUCAUACGCUUACGAUAAAUGGGGAAUGGAAACCUCGUGGGAGAAUCAGUCGCGGCGCAUUGAAAGCGAAGAGUUAUCUCAUUGGGGAACAAAUGUCCGCGCAUACAUAUAGAGCCGAAGGGUUGGCGCGUCGUGAAUUCUCUCGCGGUAUGCCAGCAGCAGCAGGCCGGUUUGCCGACCAGUUCGCAACAAGUUGCAUUCGAAAUUCCUUCGUGGGCUAGUCCGUUUGCUCCGGGUCGGCGGUGUUGGUGAUGGUGGAAUUAUGAGAGCGGGGGUCGGAUGCGUCGAGAAAUAAAUGAGUGGAGCCUCGUGCCCGGCGCUAUUUAUAAAUCGUGAAGCAACCGGAUCACCGAGUUGAGAGUGUGCGUCGCUCUGGAACUAGAGCGAAUGCUGUUGCAUUCGCUUUAAUUGUGGUGCAUAAAAUUCCGAUUAAAAACUAAUGAAAAGUGCAGUUGGAAAGAAGCAAAAGAGAUAAAAGCAGCACUUUGAAGUGAUUAAAAAUAAACGAAACGUUCUCAAAGAUCGUGCUACGAGAUUCUCCCGCGCUACGCUCGAACAGCGAAACGAUCAUCUUCGCGGUGUCGAGUUUCGUGCGCGCCGGGUCAAACGCUUCGAUCUGUAAUAUCACCCGCGGAAGAAAAUACAACGAGAAACUUCAGCGGGUAGUCGUUAAAUUUAAUUGACAGUAGAAUAACAAUGACGUAGACUAUUAAGUUUCGCGAGGGUUGCUACGUCUCUCCUACACAGACAUACACGCUCGUACAUUUUUGUACACGUUUGUGUGCCUGUACGUGUAGCAGGAAAGCAUCGGCAUGGUUUAGAAACGCAGCCGAUGUUGGGGAGGGUCACAGUGCGCCCGGUAUUCCCUCGCCGUGCUUUUCUUCCCUUCUUCUUCUUCUUCUUGCCGCGCGCCUGGUGAAUAAUCGAAUAAUCGAUAUCGAAGCUCCGAAGAAUACGAGAAAAAGUCUGCACAUAAAUAUGUAUAUGUAAAGAUUGGUGCUGGCUAACGAGCUCCGAGGACUCGGGGAAAAUGCGCCCGCGGGAUCCCAAACGAGAUCGGGGGAGCACUCGGAUCGCGAAGAUAUUCGAUCGCGUUACGUUUAUCUGUUGUCACGCGUCAUUUCGCGCUUUUUCCUAGCCGAUCAGGGCGGGCCAAUGAUAGUGACGCUGCGCGAUAUUGGGCGUACAGGAUUUCAAGUUUCAACGUUUCUCAGUCUGGCUUCCUCGACCUUCUGCCUCUGUCUCGAGGCUCCAUCGCCGAGCUAAUUCUCCGGAGGAGUUUAUCACGCUUUUGAAAAUGGACUUUUCGAUCUCGCCGGUGAUUCUGCUGCUGAUGCUUCAGCUACUUUUUGUCCAAGAGCAGCAAGUGGGUGCGCUGAAAAUCCGACGGUUGAUCGUUCCAACGUUCACCUACAGCAGCAAGAAGGCGCAUUUGGAAUGCAGGUACGAUUUGGAAUCGGACACGCUUUAUUCGGUUACGUGGUACAAGGAUAACGAAGAGUUUUACAAAUACGAGCCAAAGGCGAGGCAGAAUCAGAUAAGUCAUCCGGUGGAAGGAGUAAAACUCAACCAUCACGCUUCUGACGGCCAGAAAGUUAUUCUCGAAGACGUCAACCUCCAGAGCAGGGGCGUUUACAAGUGUGAUGUAAUCGCAGAUGCUUCCAACUUCCCUUCCGUUCAGGCGGAAGCGCUUAUGGAGGUUGUGGUGCCUCCGCGAACGAGUCCUCGAAUAACGGGGGAGGAAAAGAUAUACGCGAGCGGUGACAUUUUGACGUUGAAUUGUACGAGCGACAAGUCGUACCCGGCAGCGCGACUGACCUGGUUCAUCAACGGCCAAAAGGUCGAACCGGACAGUGUAAUAACGAACGAGCACGAUGAGCUUUUGUCGACGGUAUCGAGUCUGCGGCUCGAGCUCGGGCCUCAUCAUCUCUCCGCUGGUCGGAUAAACGUCAGGUGCGAGGCGGUCGUCGAGACGAGCGGUUCGAGCAGCGACAAGCUCAAGGACUUGAGGGACACUCAAGUGUUCGUUCAAGGUCACGGGAGCACCAUGAGACCGGAUGUGUGGGGUCUGCUCGCAGCGUUCCUCGUCAAUCGAAUAGCUCAUCUCGCCCUGAGUUAGAAAACGAUCAAACUGCUGUAAGUAAAACUCGUGGACAAAGCUCGAAGACUUCUCAUCUCCGGCUCACAUUCGACGCCGCGCGCGCUCGGAUAUCCAGCGGAUCUGCUGCCGAUGAAGGAGCCAACUACGCGAGCUAACCAACCCCAGUAAAUAGCUAAUAAGGACAACCCUCCAUCCCCCCCUUCCACACCCUCUCACCCCCCUCGCCUCUCGGCAAAGAGACAAUCAUGUAGCAUUUAACCACCACCACCACCCCGCCCCCCUCCAUCCUGGCAUCGAUCGAAUCGCUCUCGCGAGCCUCGUUAAACCGCAUCGCGAGCAUUAUCCCGGAAAGAUGAAUUCUAUCAUUUGAAUGAUCUCAUUAUCGAUUUCCCACGUAUCGCCGCAGCAGCGCUCGCGUUGGGCCUUAACUCUUCCUUUUUUUAAUUAAAUAUACCGAACAACUAUUUGCCAAAAUUCAAUGCGUUUACGCGCGUCCAUCCAAUCGAAGUUGAAUUUCCGUCAAGAGAUAAUUUCCCUCGAUUUUCACAGAGAAAUAAUACGCGCGCACGCCCUUAAGUCGAAUAGUUAUUCAAUAUUAAACUAUACGAAUAUAAAUAUGAAUAUAUUAUAUAAUAAAUAUAUAAAUAUAUAUAUAUAUAUAGACACGUUAAUUAAUCGUUAUUAAGCGGCCGCGUAUCGAAUACGCGAAAACUAAAAGGCCGUUGUGAGAAAAAUGCACGAAUAAGCUUACCGCUUAGUCGCGUUUUACGAGUCUGUCGUCCCCGCGUCGCUGCUUUUGUCUCUGAAUCGCGGUGGCGAUCGAGCAUUAUCGCGCCUCGUGUGUUCUUCUUCUGUUUGUUCGCCAUUCCAUAAGCAAACGUACAUACACGCGCGAGCGUACUUGUUUUAUGAAUGUCGCGAAAGCCGGAGUUCGUCAGCCGCGCGGAUCGCUCAGUAACGUCCAACGUCGCGCGAGCCACUCGCCUCAUCCUCCCCCCCAACCGUGUGUUCAACUUCCAAUUGAUUAAUGUGCAUCCUCGUUCUCCCUUAAUAUACUUUCAUUCGCUUCCAAAGUAAGCUCGUCCCUGAACUUGAAAGGAUCGCGCGAGGAAGCGUACAGCCGCGCUCAAAAGUUCCGGGGCAGUCGAAUCUUUUAGUUCGUAGAAUUAACGAGUUGAUUAUCGGGAACUGUUCCAAAUUCGAAUCCUCAUUGAUCCUACGGUUUUAUGAGCUUCUACGUUCGGUAGAAUUGUGUUUUCGUUCUGGUACGGUUCCUGUUUUCCAACCCCUCGGUCUACAGCCCCGAAUGUAGUUCGUCUAGGGUAGAAGGCUUAAAGAAGAAACUCGGAUUUGUAUGAAGAGCGUUCGGGAACUAUGAGAACGGAAUAUUGCUGGUGUUUGUUGAAAUAAAAUGAUUUAUUUAGUCGUGAGAUGAGUGCUUCUGAAGUUCCAGGCUCCGGCUACACUCGCAUCGGUACGCAUGUUUUGUACAUGCGAUAUUCGUACGUACGAGCGAUCAUUAAGGGGCGUAUGUACGGGGGCCUUGAAGCAGCCGCAGCACGAAGAUGCGAUCGACUCGAAAGUUCGUUCGAUAUACAGGCAUGUACAGAUGUGAAAAGUUUGGCACGCCGGUGAGCGAGCGAGGGAGCGAGUAAGUUUUCCAACGAAGUAUAUAUCGAUCGAGAGAUAUAUUUUUGUUGCAAUCUGUUGCGUGUUUUGUAGAUACGGUGAAUGGUUUUUGGGUGGGCGUGUGCGACGAGCGUCGGGCUUGCCGUGUGUGUGUGUGUGUGUGUGCGCGUGUGCGUGUGGGAGUGUGUUGCCGAAAAAGUAAACUGUAAGUGAGAAAAGUUGAGCCACGCAGGUGGGUCAAGAACGCGGAGAGCAGAAGCAGGGAGUCGUGGCGACGGACGCGCAGCGAAAAAAGCCAGUACACGGUCCGGAGAAGGAACUGAAAAUAUACGGCAAGUGUGUAUAUCCCGAGCAUGAAACUCCUCGCGAUAUAUAAACCCACCGCGAUCCUCUUCAACGGUUAUGAGCUUUCGCCCACUUACACGUGCGUUCCUCUGCGGUGGGCGAGUUCAGCUAAAAUGGCAACCGCGCUGAAAACACGCACUCUCGUUGCCGCUUCUUCACGAAGCCCAGCACGAAGGAAGAGACUGGAAAGAGGAAAAAUCCAAUUUUACAUUGGAUUUUCCAACCCCGGGAUUCCGUGCUUUCCCGAUCUUCGAAUCCGUUUAUCAAAAACAAAACAAAAACCGAAAAAUUUCGUCACUGUCGAAGAAAAAUCCUGAUUUUUCCCACUCGAAGUUACACACUUAAUUCACAAUCAAACCCAGAUUUUCUCAGUCUUUCGAAAAACGGGCACUUCAGCCGACUUAUUAUCGCUGCUUAUCGACAAAUGGAAACAUUACGUAUUCAAUUAAAACCCAUUUUAUUGCCAUUUCCCUUGGUACCAACGACUAAUUCACCCCCAAAUUCGUGUCUCGCCCUUCUCCACGGAGUGCGGCUGAUAAAAAUCCGUCUUAUCACGAAACCCUUAAUAAUUCAUGGCUGUUCUUUGAUCGUUACCAUUUUUCUUAUCACUCGCUCACACAGAGCCGCGCACUGUACGUGCGUACGUACACAAAAGUGUAAAACCAAACGAAAUGUACAUAUAUACAUAUAAAUCCGUGUAUAUCUAUGAAACUAUGGCGAUUAAACCACCCGUAUACGUAUUCGUAGGCGCGAUAUAUAUGACGGAGACUAAAAUUGAUACUCUCGCAUAUUCCCGAGUAGCUAAUCAACAUUAAAACCGCAAAAUAAUCGGGCGAAGGUAAUGCAAGUCUCGCCUGCGAUGUAUUAGGGUAUUGAUGUUAUUCGAGAAAAUGCGCUGUAACGCUGACUUUGUGUGGCCUAAUGUAUAUAAUAUGAACGACCUAUUCCUAGUUUAGUGUCACAAUGUACCAUAAUAACUCGAGGUGUUUCGCGGGGGAUGAAUGAAUGUUUGGAACAGUAGACAUUAAAACGCCGUGAAAUUGAAUGAAGAUUUUAAAAAAAAUGAGAGAGAAAAAUGAAGAGAUGUUGAGAGACUAAAAUAAAGAGGAAAAUCACUGGA